CUCUGAAAACAUAAAGCAUCUAUUCUGUUUCAGUUCCCGUAUCGCGUCCUUUGUGCUCACUUCGCUGAUAUUCGCGCAGAAGUUUUAUAAGGACGUUUUAUAAAAAUGGUGAUUUAUGUUAUACUUCGACAAUUAUUAUAACGACUAUGCUUCUGCGGACGUUGAGUUGUCUGAACCUGUUAACGGUUUCAGUUUCGUGUCUAAGCACGAGAUUAUCGGAAGCUGAGCAAAGUGGUUGGAGCUUCGAUCCGAACACACAGUACCAUAUUCAAACGGACGAGGGACCAGAAAGGUAUUUACGUUUCCAAACGUUAAACGGUCAGUAUAGAAAGGAGAAAAGAUUGGUCGAUGGUACGGUGAUCGGUACGGAGGGAUGGUUGGACCCAUUGGGUUAUUUACGUCUUAAGGAUUACAUAGCUGACCACAAUGGAUACCGGAUAUUAAGGUCCAAAAUGGUGUACGUAGGUAGGAACAGACCUAUUUACAAUGCUGUGAAAGAAACGAAAACGGUUCCUGCUCAGACUGGAAUUCUAGUAGAACCGACCAGACCACCGAAUCCUUUCAGACAAUCGGAUACGAAUUAUGUUCGUCCCUUACUGAGCAACGAUAUUAACUCGAAUUAUUACAUCAGUUCAACAGCAAAACCAAAAGUGGACCUUUCUCCGGCAUCGAACGACGAUUAUUACUAUAAUUCGAAUCCUACGAGUCUUCCAUCUAGUCCGCGAAAUUUGAAAAAUAAUCAAGUUCAAAAUAGUCGUUACAAUUUCCUACCACGUUCGAACGAGCCAUCCAGUAGGGUACCGCCGUACGAUGGUACCCAUACUGUUGCUAAUGGGUUUCAGUAUUAUUUAAAAAGACAAUACCACGAGGAACAACAAGAUCCAUCUGGUACCAACAUUGGUUCCUUUGGAUACGUUGAUCCUUUUGGUAUUAGAAGAGUUAUCUACUACAAAACAGAUCCACGAAACAAUGGUUUUCUUUAUGAACAAAAUAAUAAGUAUGUAGGUUUGACGGGAACACCAUACGAUCCAUCCUUAGCUAAUUUAUACGGACGGAAAUUGAGAAACAAUUAAAUAAUAAAUUAUUUCAUUUUAUGUACACUUGCGAUCAAAUUGGGGUUCCUAGAAAACAUGGGGAAGCACGACCUUUUCAGCCUUCCCCAUGCGCAUCCACGGGAAGAAUGCCGCUGCCGCGAAAGGGGCUCUCCUAUAUAUAGGCCUGUGGCGGACCGCUACCGCUUGCGCGCAAGCGUCUGCGCGGGGAAAUUUGAAUUAUCAUUUACCUCCUUUUUGGUACUUUACAGUUAUAUACUAAAUUACAUAAUAUUUAAUAUUUAAAAGUUGUAUUAUUUGUUAUUUGAAAUUAUCUUUUAUGUUAAUAUAGUCAGAAAUAAGUCUGAUUUGAUCGCCAGUGUACUAUUACAUUCAUAAUGAAUAACAAGUAUUUCAAAUAUAUCAGCUUCGAGGCAUCGGUUUAUAUUUCUACGAUAUAUUUAUGUGGGCAUUUAGGGUAAAGUAUUUUUUUUUAUCAUUAUCAAUAACAAAAUAAUUUGAAAUGAUUAAAUUAGCUAGGACACGUUACUCUGACAAGUUACCCUAAUUGCCUUAAGGCUUAAGCUUUGAAGCUUUAUUUGAACGACACUUGACGAAGAGAGAUCCUACGAUUUCUCGAAACAUCAACAAAUAUUGGGUGCCAUGCUAAGUCAGUUUAUACAUUAUUUAUAAUAAACAUACAUAAUAUUUAA